AGAAAAGUUGGGGUUAUCAAAUAAUAUGCAAUAGUUGUUUUCUCGUUAAUAAAGUGUUAAUAAUGUUUCGUUACAUUACCAAAAUCAACCCAAGCAUUCCAAAAUGCUUGCAGGGUAUCAAUAAAAUAGUGUCACCUAAAAAUGAGCGUAGUUUAAGCACCGAAUCGAGAUUUAACAUUAAAGAAGACUUUGAUGGCCGGCCACUGUAUCUAGAUGCACAAGCAACAACACCCUUGGACCCUAGGGUUUUGGAUACAAUGUUACCAUAUCUUACAUCAUAUUAUGGUAAUCCUCAUUCUAGAACUCACGCGUACGGUUGGGAAUCUGAGGCGGCAGUGGAAAAGGGUAGGGAACAGAUAGCAAAUUUAAUAGGGGCUGAUCCUAAGGAAAUUAUUUUCACGUCUGGUGCUACUGAAAGUAAUAACAUUGCUGUUAAAGGAGUGGGCAGGUUUUAUGGCGCCAAAAAGAAGCAUGUUAUAACUACACAAACAGAACAUAAGUGUGUAUUGGACUCUUGCAGAGCUUUGGAAGGCGAAGGCUAUAGAAUAACAUACCUCCCUGUACAAACAAAUGGUGUUGUAUGUUUGGAAGAGUUAGAAAAAGCUAUAACACCUGAGACUUCCCUGGUUUCGAUUAUGGCUGUAAACAAUGAGAUCGGCGUUAAACAACCCAUUUCGGAUAUUGGGGCGCUUUGUAAGAAACAUAAAGUGUUUUUUCACACUGAUGCUGCUCAGGCUGUGGGAAAAAUUCCACUGAAUGUGAAUGAGAUGAAUAUCGAUCUUAUGUCUAUUAGUGGGCACAAAUUAUAUGGACCUAAAGGUGUUGGUGCAAUUUACAUUCGCCGCAGACCAAGAGUACGAGUUGAGGCCAUCCAAAGCGGUGGCGGUCAAGAGAGGGGUAUCAGAAGUGGGACAGUACCUACACCAUUGGCGGUCGGUAUGGGGGCUGCCUGCGAAAUAGCCGACAGAGACAUGAAAUAUGAUCACCAAUGGGUGGAAAAACUAAGCAAACGAUUGAUCGAGAAUAUUACAAGUAAGGUUACGCAUGUUAUAAGGAAUGGUGAUCCAAUUGAAACCUAUCCUGGAUGCGUCAACUUGUCUUUUGCAUAUGUUGAGGGCGAAUCCCUACUGAUGGCCCUUAAGGACAUAGCCUUGUCCAGCGGCUCUGCUUGCACAUCCGCAUCCCUAGAGCCAUCCUACGUUUUAAGAGCCAUCGGCACCGACGAGGAUCUUGCGCACAGUUCGAUAAGGUUCGGUCUCGGCCGAUUCACCACGAUCGAGGAGGUCGACUACACGUCGAAAAAAUGCGUGCAACACGUCACUAGGUUAAGAGAAAUGAGCCCGCUAUGGGAAAUGGUGCAAGAAGGGGUCGAUAUCAAGACAAUCCAGUGGUCCCAACAUUAAAAAAGAAUAAUAAUAUUGCUGAGUUUGUUGUUUACCACAGGUAGUUUAUUUAAUGAAGUUCCAACUGAAAAAUAUUAUGUACAAUUUGUGAUAUUUCCAUAUUUUAACCAACAGAUACUUAUAUUUUUGUUUUUCAAAAUUUACAAAUAAAAGCAAAAUAAUUUGUUAUGUAUUUAAAAUUAAAUAUUACUCAAUAAACU